AUGACCACCAAAAUGCACGAGUAACCCUUAUUCAGCAAAAAAUUAUUUAUAGGCGGCCUUCCAUCAGAGAUAAAAGAGGAAGAAAUAAAAAAUUAUUUCAGUAGAUUUGGGAGGGUUGAAAAAUGCUCCUUAAUUCUUGAUAAAAAUACAGGCCGUUCUAGAUGCUUCGGUUUCAUUACUAUGAUAAACCAAAGCUCUGUUAAGGUUAUAUUAAAUAGAAAGCACUCAAUUUUAGGUAAAGAAGUAGAAUGCAAGCCAGCAGUUCCAAAAGAUAAAAGUGAAAAAAACAACCGAAGUCGGAAAAUUUUUGUAGGGGGUUUGCUUCCAGAAAUCACUAAUUCUGAAUUUUUCCAAUUUUUUCAACAAUUCGGAGAAAUCGAAGAUAGUGUUGUUAUGAAAGACAGAGUUACAGGGAAACCUAGAGGUUUCGGAUUUGUAACUUUUUAUAAACAAGAAUCAGUAGAAAAAGUUAUGAGAAAUUUUUCCAACAAUUUUAUUCAUGAGAGAUGGGUUGAAUGCAAAAGAGCCACGCCAAAAGAUGAGAUGGGCAAUUCGGCAACGGUUAUUAUAGAGCCGGAUUCGAGCUCAUCAGAAUUCACUGAAAGUGAAUUCAAAAGGUGGUGGUCUGGUAGGAAUAGUUGUGAAACUGAAGAAUUGUGUAGGAGCCUUGUGGAUUAUGUCUUAUCAGAUGAUGAUAGGGAAUAA